UUGAGCGGUAAUCUGCGAAACCAGACCGGUCAGAUCUAAAAACAGCGAUAAUCCACAAAACCCGAUCAAAUUGAUAUUUUAAUCUGGGUCUGCAAAAAUUCUUACAAGUUGCCUAAAGUGACCGACAGGGUUUUGCCCUUCAAAAGCUGUGAAAAGUUAGCUAACUCAUGUACGAUCUGUCCACUUUUUGACAGGUCACCCUACAAAACCACAACACCUUAAAUGCCCACGUUUACAGACAGGUUUAAGACGUGAGACCUUAACUCAAGAUGCACCCAGACUUGUCCCCCCAUUUACACACUGAUGAAUGCAACGAGUUGAUAACAAUGCUUAAAAAAUGCCACAAGGAGCACAACGUUCUCAGGUUCUUUGGCACUUGUAAUGAGUUGGAUCGUGCAAUGCGAGACUGUCUGAAGAAAGAGUAUCAAGCUAAGAGGGAACGGAGCAAGGCCCAUGCUGAGGAAAUGAGACAGAGACUUAAGGAGGGCCCCAGACCACAGAGCUAAGAGCAGAAGGGCUGUCCACAGCUGUACACCACACUGAGACAUGCCCUGGAGCUUGGACCAGGACCUCUUGACUGAGCAUUUGCAUUGUCACCUUCUUUGCUGCUGUAAGACAACUGAGAGGUUUCUUGUCUCCAUGGGUUUGUUGUGACUUUGUUAGAUGUAUUGAUCAUGGACUCCGGAUAAAGUAAAUAAAGGGACAGCAUCGCUGUUGGAAUACGUACUAACUGAAAUGAAAACAAGGCAAAGGAACUUUAUGAGAUGUGCCCUUGAUAAGAAUCUGUGCAACCUGACAUGAAAAGGUUACAUAUCUAUUUAAAGCUAUUUAAAAGAUGUGUAAAUUAUGAAUAAUAUGCACUCAA